CCCAUUCCCUCGCCUUUCUGCUGGGCUCCGUCGUCUCCCUCCCCUCCCAGCCCUCUAGGAGGCGAGGCGCUGGCGUUCCAAAUGUGCCUCCUUGACGCAGCAUCGGGCUGAGCCAAUCGCUUUGCACCUGCGGGCUGAGCAGGAGAGGGGGGGAGGCCAAUCCGAGGGCCGCUAGGUCUCCCGCAGCUUCCUCUGGGAGAGGGGUCGGGGCUUUGCGUCGGGUCGGUGGCCACGGGAGGGGAGGGUCCGAGGUCUGCGCUUUGGCGGAGAGCGGAGGGAGGGAGGGGGAUCUUGACAGUGCCUGGAGCCGCCCCCACCCCGGACCCUCCUUCGCCUACCACCUCUGCAUGGGCCCUUGAGUGCUCGCAGACCCUCCUGAGCUGCUGCCCAACCAUGCCAAAUUCCUUGCUGUGGGCUGUGGAUAUUUUUGGGAGAGUGUAUACCCUUGCCACAGCUGGCCAGUACUGGGAACUCUGCAAGGAUGCCCAUCUGGAGUUCAAGCGGGUCAGCGCAGUAAAACAGUGCUGCUGGGGGAUCGCCUGUGACAAUCAAGUCUAUGUGUAUGUGUGCUCCAGUGAUGUCCCCAUCCGGCACCGGGAGGAAACCUACGAGAACCAGCGAUGGAAUCCAGUUGGUGGUUUCUGUGAAAAGCUCAUGCCUAGUGACCGCUGGCAGUGGAGCGACGUGAGUGGGCUCAAGCACCAACAGCUGGAUAGUUUGGUGCUGCCAUCACCACACUGGGAGUGGGAAUCUGACUGGUACGUGGAUGAAAAUUUUGGAGGGGAACCCACCGAGAAAGGGGGAUGGACGUAUGCCAUGGACUUCCCUGCCACCUACACUAGGGACAAGAAAUGGAACUCCUGUGUGCGGCGGCGGAAGUGGAUCCGCUACAGGAGAUACAAAUCCCGGGACACAUGGGCCAAGAUUCCAUCCCACGAUGACCCUAAACAGCUUCCUGACCCUUUCAAUGAUCUCUCCAUUGGAGGAUGGGAAAUCACAGAUGAACCUGUAGGUCGACUAUCUGUGUGGGCAGUUUCUCUGCAAGGCAAGGUAUGGUACAGAGAAGAUGUCUGCCACCCAAACCCUGAGGGCUCUUCUUGGUCACUUGUAGAAACCCCUGGGGAAGCAGUACAAAUCAGCUGUGGGCCCUAUGAUCUCCUCUGGGCUACCCUUUGGGAAGGUCAAGCAAUGGUUCGAGAAGGAAUUGAUAGAAAUAACCCUAAAGGCAGUUCCUGGUCAAUAGUGGAACCACCAGUGCCUGAAAAUGGGAUCAUGCACGUCUCUGUUGGUGUCAGCGUGGUCUGGGCAGUCACUAAAGACAGAAAAGUCUGGUUCAGAAGAGGUGUCAACUCUCACAAUCCCUGUGGCACCAGCUGGAUUGAGAUGGUUGGAGAAAUGAUGAUGGUAAACGUAGGGUUAAAUGACCAGGUUUGGGGAAUUGGAUGUGAUGAUCGAGCAGUUUAUUUUCGACAAGGCAUUACACCAAGUGAGCUUAGUGGAAAAACAUGGAAGGCCAUCAUUGCAAACAGAGAGAAUGACCGAUCUCACACUGGCAGCUCAUCCAGCCUUCUUAGUGCUGGCUGUUUCUUUGGUGAUGAAGUGAGAGGCAGUGGUGACUCCUUGGCUCCCAGUGACACCGAUACUUCCUCUGAGUCUGAGAGGCAUGGGCUGGUGUCUGAGCAUGAGCCGUCUCCAGGUAACAACAGACUCCACCCUGAGAGCUCCGAUGUGGGUUCAGGGGCUCAGGCGGACCCCGGUGAAGAGGAGGCAGCCUCAUCUGGAAACAGAGAUGGGAAAGCUCAGGCCACAGCUCCCGCUCCCAGGCCAGACCCUGCUCCAGCUGAGCUCCCUUGGACCAACAUUGACCUGAAGGAAACUCGGAAGACCUCUUCCCACUUAGCAGCCUGCUAUGCCGAGACCACCAGCCUCUCCUCUCUGGGGCUCUUUCCUAUGGGCUUGGAGGAGGGCUAUGGAGCUGACGAUCACCCACUGUGGGCCUGGGUGUCUGGAGGAGGCUGCACAGUGGACACACACACAGUUCUGAAGUGGUUCACUAUUCAGUCAGGUCUCUCCACCUCUAUGCAGACAUUAUCCUUGUCCAUCACUCCGGCCCAGACAGCAGCAUGGCGAAAGCAGAUUUUCCAGCAGCUCACUGAAAGGACCAAGCGAGAACUGGAGAAUUUCAGGCACUAUGAACAGGCUGUUGAGCAGUCGGUGUGGGUGAAGACUGGCACACUACAGUGGUGGGCAGACUGGAAGCCCCACAAGUGGAUUGAUGUCCGGGUGGCGCUGGAGCAGUUCACCGGGAAUGAUGGAACUCGAGACAGCAUCCUUUUCAUCUACUACAUGUUCCAUGAGGAAAAGAAGUACAUCCACAUAUUUCUCAAUGAAGUGACAGUGCUGGUUCCUGUGCUAAAUGAGGCCAAGCAUUCGUUUGCCCUCUAUACCCCAGAGAAAACCAAACAGAGGUGGCCCAUCCGUCUUGCUGCAGCUACUGAGCAAGAAAUGUAUGAUUGGCUCGCUCUACUCAGUACAUCCUGCUCCGAGAGCCGAAGGAUCCAAGGCCGCCCUUCCCCCCAGGCCAUCUGGUCUGUCACUUGCAAAGGAGACAUUUUUGUGAGUGAGCCCAGUGUGAACCUGGAGGCAUCCAUGCAUCCCAUGCCAUGUGACCAAAUGUUUUGGCGUCAGAUUGGGGGCCACCUUCGGCUAGUGGAGUGUAAUAGCCAUGGAGUUGUGUGGGGCAUCGGUUAUGAUCACACAGCCUGGGUGUACACUGGGGGUUAUGGUGGAGGCUUUUUUCAAGGCCUGGCCAGCAGUACCAGUAACAUCUACAUGCAGUCAGAUGUCAAAUGCGUUUACAUCUAUGAAAACCAACGCUGGAAUCCUGUCACAGGCUAUACCAGCAGGGGACUGCCUACUGACCGCUACAUGUGGAGUGACGUGACAGGGCUGCAAGAAUGCACAAAGGCCAACACCAAGCCUCCCUCUCUCCAUUGGACGUGGGUUUCUGACUGGUAUAUUGAUUUCAACAUUUCUGGUGGAACUGAUCGAGAAGGAUGGCAGUAUGCAAGUGACUUUCCAUCGUCUUAUCAUGGAUACAAAACCAUGAAGGAUUUUGUCAGACGGAGACGAUGGGCAAGGAAAUGUAAGCUGGUGACCAGUGGGCCCUGGUUGGAAGUUGCCCCCAUCUCUCUCUGGGAUGUCUCCAUCAUCCCUGGUUGUGAAGAAGGCAGCAAGGAUUCCAUUGCCCUUUGGGCCAUCAGUGACAAAGGAGACGUUCUCUGUAGGUUGGGUGUAUCAGAGCUUAAUCCAGCGGGUUCGUCCUGGCUGCAUGUUGGCACGGAUCAGCCCUUCAUUUCAGUCUCUGUUGGGGCUUUCUACCAGGUCUGGGCAGUGGCCAGAGAUGGCUCAGCAUUCUACAGGGGCUCUGUGUCCCCCAAGCAGCCAGCUGGUGAUUGUUGGUACCAUAUCCCUUCUCCUCCAAAGCAGAAAUUAAAGCAGGUGUCAGUGGGACAGACAUCAGUAUAUGCACUAGAUGAAAAUGGCAACUUGUGGUACCGACAGGGAAUCACCCCCAGCUACCCACAAGGAUCCAGCUGGGACCAUGUCUCUAAUAAUGUCCGCAAAGUUUCUGUUGGCCCGCUGGACCAGGUCUGGGUCAUUGCCAAUAAGGUUCAAGGAAGCCACAGCCUGAGCUGCGGGACUGUGUGUCACCGAACAGGAGUGCAGCCCCGGGAGCCAAAGGGGCAGGGAUGGGACUAUGGCAUUGGGGGAGGAUGGGACCAUAUUUCAGUCCGGGCCAAUGCCACCAAAGCCCUGAAGAGUGUGUCACACGAGACAGUGGAAGACAAUUUCUCUAGGACAACAGACCUAGAAGAGGGAGAUGGGAGUGGCGAGAGCAGCUUCUUUAACAAGAUGAUGCUUGUCAUGAAUACGGUACAAGAGGCAAAUGGCAGUGCGGUGACCUGCUAAGGUGUCCAGACAACCUUUGCCCACUGCAGGGAACUUGAAACAGGAGGCUGUUUCAGCAGCAGCAGUUCCCGGUUGCUGGUCGAUUUUGUAGGGUCUAGAUUUGCUAUGUGAGCCUUUUACAGUUAGAUUUAUUUUAUUCUCGUAUCGGAAUAUUACUAUUUGUGCAGGAAGAGAAGAUCGGCAUAGUUCCUGUGCAAGGUUUGAGGGAGGUGGUCAUCUUAGAGGCCACCCCACCCACCACCUCAGAAAUGUGAAUUUUUGUGUCAUUGCACUUUUGUCUCAAAUCUGCUAAAUGUCUUUGAUCUUAUCUUUCCAUGCCUCGUAGAGUGUCCUCCCCAUGCUUCCUUGUUCUGGUCUUUUCUUCCCUACCAUCCUCUCUACUUAACUAUGACCACAAAUAGGAACCCAAGUCCUGGUUUGGGAGCCUGUCCUGUCGGUAACAGCAAAGGGGAGGCAGAGCCUUGGUCCUUGAGUAGCUUCCAUAAUGCAGAUGGGCCCAGACGAAGACAAGGGGAAGAGAUUCCAGGGUUGUAGGAAAGGACUUUGGAGGCUUCCUCCUUCCCAGAGGGUAAAGGACGGGGAGUUGUUUAGCACUGACCAGUCCAUUUAUCCCUGUCUCUGGCUGAGUCAUUUCUGGGCUGGGAGCCCGAGUCCCUUCCUAGAACUGUCCCCCUACUCCACCAGAAAGCAAUGGCAUCAGAAUGCUUCCGAGAUCACGUGGUUCACCUAUGCCCCUAGUAUUGCUUAGAGCCUCACACUGGACUUUAGUGAGGAAGGAAGGUCAGGAUUGUUGUGAGAUUGGAGGCAAAGACCAGAAGGCCAGACCUCCCCUCGCUCAGUGUUGUCUUAUUUCAUUUUUCUUUCCCUUGUUCUUUCUCUUUCACUUAGGCUGUAUCUCCAUAUAAACAGGGAUUUCAAAACAAAUCCAACAACAAUCAGUUAAUGAAGUGGUUGUUUAAAAAAAACAACAACAACAAACAGUUGGACUUAAUUCAGCCACAUCUGUGUGUGGACAUAACACUACUGAAUUUUCCUCAUUUUGUUGCAGUUUAUUUGUGUUGCAAGGGAAUGUGCUGCCAUGUUUAGAAAGAAUUACUAUGAUAUGCCAUUAGAUUAGAAAAAGAGAUGAGUUUUAGAAAAGUGUGCUUUGUCUAGAAAACUUGAAUUGACAUUGUUCGAAGUAGUCUUUAGCUUACGUUAGUGUAACCAAAUAACAGUAAGGCCAAGGAAGGAAGACUGUGUAAAUGUUAGGACUAGGCACUUUGUGGGGAGAGGGGAGUUGUUUUCCUCUGCUCCUCCCCCUGUGAGCAUUCAGUAAUACUCGUUUUUGAGUUCUUCAGUGAACUGCCCUUAGUAGAGAAGGCUUGCUGUUCUACCCAGAAACACUGCCCCCGUUCCAUCAGCUGAAUCAAAAUGCACUUUGUUAAACUGAUGAAUCAGUUAAAUCAGUUUAUUAAAUUGCCCUUGGUUUUGAUCUGUUUUACACAGGGGCAAUGAUGGAUAAUCCUUCUGUCAUUUUAUUGCCAGAUUUACAUCCUGUUGGCAAAAUCCUCUCUGGUUUGCCUUUCCAAACUGGGGACCUUUGCAUGUGCUGUGAAUCAAAACCAGAUGCCCAUCUCUUAUUAUUUUAAAAUUAUUAAAUAGAAGCUGAUUUAUAAUUAGCUUUGCCCAGAAUAAUCAUCCUUUUCGUUUGAUCUAUUUUCUUCUGUUGUUAGGAGAGAGGACAGGCAUAUAUUUAUUAUAUUCCUCUGUAUUGUGUUUUAUUACACAUGAACAGAAUUUUGAAUGAAAAAUUGCUUUGUGACUUCAUCUCACGAACCAAAUUUGGAGUCCUGAAGUGAAUGUCUUUUUUUUUUUGCAUGUAUUGUGUCUUCUGGCAUUUUUUUUUCACACCAAGUUGUACAAUUUGGAUGUCCCAAAUGGAAAACUAUUCAAUGCGGUUUUGCUUAAAGUAAAAGAAAAAAGAGAGAAGCUUGUUUACUUACAGUGGGUCAAUUUCCUAUCUUGUUUACAUGUUGCAUUUCAAGAUUUCCUUGUAAAUGGGCAUUAUGUUCUGUUUUUUCCUAAAAAUUACUUGCAGGUUAUGCUAUCAAUUUCUAUCUGUUCUAAAAACAAACUCCUUUAGGGGUUUUAACUCUGCACUCACUCAAAGGGUAAACUUGUUCUUUUCCCUUCUGAGAAUCAAAUGUUUACAUGUUCAACAGUACCAAAUUCUCUCAAAUUUCCAGGAUUCUUUGAGUCAAUAAAAUCUAUUCCAGAAUAAAA